CUUAUCGAGGACAGUUAAACUCUUGGCAGUUUCUUGCAGAGACUUCUCUUUAAGGGACUGGACUCGUUUGACGGCAAAAUAAAUGAAAGCAAUAGAAAUACAUCUGAUCGAGAGGCUUACUUUGGGGCUGCUUAUGACUUGAUGCUUCCAUGAGCUGCAGUGCAGAGUUUGGACACAGCUUCUUGUGGUCUUCCAGUGCAUCAUGACAUCGAAGUUUUCAACCUUCUUAAUCAAAGACAUUCUUACCGGCCUGGAGGCUCCCUGUGGGAAUCCCGGCAACACAGCUGCAGAGGAGCUUUGCGCACUUGCGCGCAAUUUACGCGCGGGCUUUGAUAACGCCAUUCAGAAAAGACUUUCUCCUGGUAAACGCGUGUCUGAAAGCCACCGAUCCGGCACCGGCAAGAAAGAAGGAGGGGCUGCGACUCAGUUCAGAGAAGGUACCGCAGAGAGUGCAGGCAUGCAGUAUGUGGAGCAGAAUAAGCGGCAAAGGAACCACGUGGAAGCAGGAAUGAAGGGGUUUCUCCACCACUACCACCGAGGCGGGGAGACAUCCAGCUGUUCCCCCGAGGAGAGCCACUGCGCCGCUGCGAAGAAGCGCUCCAGAGCGGCUUUCUCCCACGAGCAGGUCCACGAGCUGGAGCGUCGUUUCAGCGCCCAGAGGUACCUCUCUGGUCCCGAGCGGGCAGACCUGGCAUGCGCCUUGAAACUCACAGAGACACAGGUGAAAAUCUGGUUCCAGAACCGGAGAUACAAAACGAAACGGCGCCAGCUGGCCACUGACCUGGCGGCGCUCAGCUCACCAAAGACCGUGGCGGUUAAAGUGCUCGUGAGAAAUGAGCAAAAGCAGUGGAUUCCGGGCAGUGGAGCCCACCUUCCCACGACUGUGCCACUGUACCACGGCUAUCAGUACCAGCAGCCCUUCCUGCACCAAUGCUACCAGCCCUACAGCACUGACAGGUCAUAUGGAGGAACGUUCUAAUGUUUGUGUGUCUUGCAAAGUUCACAUGUGAAUCUUUGUAGAAAAUAUAUUUUUACGCCCUUCUGCAAAAAUCAAUUACUUAAUAAUAAUAAUAAUAAUAAUAAUAAUAAUAAUAAUAAUAAUAAUAAUAAUAAUAAUAAUAAUAAUAAUAACAUAGAAAGUGAACAUUUGAAAGACAUCAUGAAAAUAAACAUAUUGCAGAAAAAUAUUUUAGGUGCGUUUUGCACUUUCUCUAGGAUCUCCAAGAUUUAAUUUUGAAAUUAUUUGAGUUGCACACAGCUCAUAUGGGUGGCCAGAAAAGGGAAAUAAUUAUGUAUUUUUUAUUUUUGUUGUAGGAGUAACUCUCCAAAAUUUGGGAGAGCAGAGAAACUUCACCCCCUUUUAUUUCAUCAAACCCUUGCUGAAUUACAAAAAUCUUUUUGUACCAAAGACGGUACAAAAAUCUUUUGUUCCACCAUAAAAAAUAUUCUACUUCUCCGCUAUUUUAUUCUUCUACUGUACAUUUGAAUAUUUCAUUUUUCCUAUUUCCUUAGAGAGAAAAAACAAACAAACAAAACGCUUGUGAUUUUAUUUUGUUUUUGGACUGUACAAAUAAACUUUGGGAAGAGUUUGCUGAGAUUUAAACCAGGAGUGGGUCUCUGCUGCCUCUAGCGGUCAUUGGACGAGAAGCGGAUUACAGUCUGGACAAGUCACCAGUCCAUCAUAAGUUAAUACAAAAAUGUCUCCAUGCUCAGACUAGCUCUGCUCCAAGAGCAGAUUAGAGUGACGGAGUAGCCUUAACUGUGAGAGGAAGCCUGAGUACCCGGAGAGAAACCACGCACCAGGACAAUGUACAAACUCCAUGCAGAAAGACCCAAUUCAAACCUAGGACUCUUUUGAUGCAAUUCAGCAGUGCUAAGAACUGCCAACAAAUAGCCUACCUCAAAAUAUAUGAGAAAAAAAGAGUCAUAUUGUCUUAACAUGUAAUAGUUUCUGAAGUUUAGUCUCAGCAUAUAGAUUGCAUUUUUAUGUUUUAUGUUCUCACUGCAGCAGCUUCUACAAUCCUCCAAAAACCACUUGAGUACAAUUUCUAAACCUACUAUGAGUAAAAAUCUUACCUUUAUGAGUGAAAUCUAGUGAGCAUCUGUCACAAAUUUAGUUGUUGAUUUUCCUCAUGGGGCAUAUUUAAGAAUCAUUUAAAACUCCAUGAAACACCAACAUUAACAUAUGAGCUUUGUUAAAGGGGUUUUGUGCCUUAUAAAAUAUUUAGUCAGUAAGGACUGAAAUUAUUUUUGUUGUCCGUGCGAUUUGGUUUUGCAUCUAAAAUGCUGUGUUUAGGAUUUUAACACCUCAGUUAUAUGUCUUUGAGUUUAAUGUUCACAACUCUUUUAUAUAAAUGAGUUGUGAUCUCUUUUAUACUGCUUUGUACGACAGCAAAGGAGUAUGUUGUUUAGUUCUUUUCCCAGUUGUGGAUGAAUGAGUCAGAGAGGGCAAAUGAACCAUGAAGAUGUUGUACCAUCCAACCUCCCCCCCCAUACAGGGAAGCACACAUUAAUCACUGUUUUACUGACAGGAAAACACCCUCAUGUUGAAGGAAUUGGCGCAAUGAUCACGACUGAAACAAAAAAAAUAAACAUAAUUCCUACUCAAGUGGAAGAGUGUAUUCAUAACUAAACCUUGUGCCCGGACUGUCGACAUGCUGUGACAUUAAAAUGCUUUGAUGUAAAACAGAACUUAUGGCUUCUUUUAUCCCAACUUAUAAAACCUGUAUUAAAACAAAAAAAUGAUUGUACAUAUCCAUAGAAAAUAAA